AUGUAUCCAAAACAUUGCGUGACGUGCCUGGAUGAAAGGACUGAUCUGUCUGACAUUAGUCAGCUUGUAAUUUUUAUCCGAACUAUUCAAUACGAUUUCAGUGUAGCAGAGGAGAUGCUUGACCUUAUUCCUCUCCAUGGUACAACCGAGGGUACAGAUAUUUUUGAAGCUGUGAAUAAGUUGGUGUCAGUCUACGGGGGAUUUGAUAAAUGUUCCUGUAUUGUCACUGAUGGCACCAGAGCCAUGACAGGGACUUAA